AUGGAAUCAUCGAUAAACAUCAUGCUUAUUUCCUCUUGUGAACCUGAGGAGCCUGAAGAGAACAUCACUCACAUGGAAGCUUCUCUGUAUAAAGCAGCAGCAGAAGGCAACAUUGAAGUAUUCAAUAAUAAGCAGGGGCUUCAACUUGAAUCGCUAAAGACCCCAAACCAUGACAACCUGCUCCAUGUUAACUUGGCAAGCCAGGAGUUUGCCAAACUCUCAACAAUCAAAAUCAUCUCCGUAGGAUUUGUAUCAUCGUAUCGGUUUUUGAAUUCUUUCGUUACUACGAUAGAAAGAGAAAAAAAAUCAGAUUUUAUCGAACAAAUUCCGAGCAAGUGUCCGUCACUGCUACUCCAAAUGAAUGCUAAAGGUCAAACUCCUUUGCACGUUGCAGCAAGGUAUGGACAUUCUGCUAUUGUGAAACUUCUAAUCAAGUCUUGCCUCAUGGCGGUCCCCACGAUAGAACAGUUUUGCAUGCAGCAGCUAUGGCUAAAGAUGCAGGCAAUAAGGGUAAUAUUAGAGAAGAAGGGGAAUUUGACAAGGGAAAAAGAUGAAGAUGGGCACACCCCUCUUCAUUAUGCUGCACAUUUAGGUGGUAGAAAAUCAGUUGUGGGAGAACUGUUAAAAAGGGAUGUAUCAACUGCCUAUAUAGGUGAUAAAAAGAGGGGGAUGACACCCCUUCUUAUGGUAGCCAGGCAAAAUAAUGUUGGAAUAGUGAGAAUGAUUCUCUCUUUAUGUCCAGAUUGUUGUGAAAAAGUAGACAACAAAGGUUUGAAUUUUCUUCAUUAUCUGGCUUUUAGAGGCUCUUCUUAUCCAUUAGCGCUUCCUCUUUUCAAGCGUGGUGAUAUUGAAAUUGUAUAUGGAUCACUCAGAAAUCUCAGAAAGUGGGAAGGUGCCUUUGGAAUGACAACUCAAAAAGUUAAUAAUGCACUUCAAUAUAAGAAACAUCAUCAUAAACAGAACAAAGUCAGCAGCAACAACUUAUUUGCUUAA